CAUUCUGUAUUUUUGUUCCUUAAUCACUUUUCUGAAUUAUUAUAGAUAGUGAUAUUUUGUGAAAAGAAAUAUUAAAAACCAGACAAAGUAUCAAAUAUUGAUUUUUGGGAUAAAAAUUCCCACACAUUUUAUUCUACUUACCAAACACCUCUGCCCUUGUCCUCAAAUUACAAUUUACAAUUACAGAUGGCCCAAAAAAUCUGAAAGAUUCUCACACUGCCACCUCUCCACCUCUAUAUUCACAAAACACCAGAUAUAAUUAAGAAUACAUUAAUUUCAGUAAUAGUAGUCUAUUCCUCUUUUCUUAAUAAUGGCACCCGUUUUGCGGCGAAUCCUCACUCUCCUCGCGAUCACCACGAUCCUUCAAUGGAGACUAGCAACUUCAAAUUCGGCACAAAAAGUAUCACUAGAUUUAUAUUACGAAAGUUUGUGUCCGUAUUGUUCCGAUUUCAUUGUCAAUGACCUCUCCACCAUCUUCAUGAAUGGAUUGAUCGACAUCGUUGACCUUCGACUUUUUCCUUGGGGAAAUGCUAAGCUUACUUCCAAUACUACAUUCAUUUGCCAGCAUGGUCCUGCUGAAUGUAUGCUUAAUACUGUUGAAGCUUGUGCCAUUGAUGCUUGGCCUAAAUUGGAUGACCAUUUUCCUUUUAUACUCUGUGUUGAGACGCUGGUUUAUGAGGGGAAGCACCUUCAAUGGGAAAGUUGUUUCCGGGAGUUGGGUUUGGAUCCAGAACCUGUUCUUGGUUGCUACCAGGGUGAAUAUGGCAACAAGCUUGAUCUAAAGUAUGGCGCUAUUACUGCUGCACUUGAACCUCCCCAUGAAUACGUGCCCUGGGUGGUGGUGAAUGGAGAACCCCUUCUUGAGGAAUAUGACGACUUUAUAAGUUAUGUCUGCAAAGCUUACAAGGGACCUCUGCCUAGUGCUUGCAAGACAGCAUCCUUUACAAGUGCUUUGAGAGAGAAGACUGAUCGUCACCCUGUCUGUUAUCCAGAACAAACUGCCAAGACACUAUUCGUAGAGAAAGUUUGGUCCUACUAGCAAGGGACUUUAAGGUUUCGUACAUCUAACCCCAUAAACUUUGCUUAGGUGGGAGUCAGUUAAUGAUAUUAGAGUUAUUGACAUUAGAGUUAUGUAAUGUACGUAUAUAUAAUGACUUCGUGUUGUCUGUUAUAAGCUCUCUCUCAACUCCUUUCUACUCGCUUUAGUAUUUCGGAUACAUACCGAUAUUUGUCUAGUGAAUGUUACGUGGGUUUUUUUUAAGCUAGAGCAAGGCUUUUGUAUAAAUCUCAGUGUAUGCAUUUCAUUAUCACCAGAAGAUUUUGCUUGCA